CUCUGAAUCCGGUUCCGACGUGCCGACGACACCGAUGCCUGUGCCCACAGAGCGAUCCCAGGGCUUCUUACCCGAACAGCACUGAAUGGUAGCAGCUGAGAGACGGGUGCGGAGCGAGGGGCGGCCGAACCCGGAGGAUUUCCCACGGACCGGACCUGCUCCUCUGUCUGUCUCCUCACACACGGAUGACAACCUGCACACAAACCCCUGCUGAAAACUUUCCGCUCCUCAUCUGACGCGGGGAUGUUAUUGACAUUUUUAUUUUUAAAAUAACAGGCUCCAACAACUGAGACGCCGUCAUGCAGGUGCAAACUGUGGCCUAACGUUGCUGAAAUGACUCGCUCGGUGCUGAGGCGGUUCAUCGUGCCAUGCCAACCCCGCAUUGUCAGAUGCCAUUUUACCCUGCGUGAUCCCGGUGUCUGGGAUUCCUACAUACUGGGCCUGUGGUGUCAGUAGAAGUUCGUGAGGCAGGAAGAAAACAGAGCUGCUGCAGCGAGAGGCGACGCGGACACUGUGCGCAAUUCGUGCUGAGGCGUAUGGGUCCUGCGUACUCGAGCUCCCGGCUCCCACUUGGAGAGGUGCGCUGCUGCGGGGCUUCGGCGCACCGGCUGUCGGCUUCACAUCUGGACCGCCUGCCUAGUGUCAUCUGCGGCCUGUUCGGACGGUGCUCUCCCUGAACUUGUGUGUGUGUGUACCAGGGGAACCGGCUGAGAUCGCCUCGGAUUGUGUCGUGUUAGGGAGGAGAGGCUGACUAUUUGGCCCGGACUACAUCGGUGAUCCACCGUAGUCAGCUGGACCCCGCUGACUGCUCAAGGAAUAAAAAAUAAAAACGCUCAUCCAGCGCAAAGUAUGGAUUUUGCGUAGCGAAAGUCGCGCAUUUUUAAAGGCAACGCUAGGGUGACAUUGCAGUCUUCUCGCCACAUCGCUCAUUUCGUCGUCCGACAAAAAAAGAAAAGCGUGAAAGUGGAGGAUCGUCCGUCGUACGUAUCGGCGCAGUGGGAUUUCUACGUCUGGUCGGCGUUCCCCCCCACCCUUCCCGCGGUGACGGUUAUGGGUCGGAAGCGGUGUGUCGGUGCAGAUUGUUCCAAGAUGGCGGCCGGGUGCUGCGGGGUGAAGAAGCAGAAACUGUCGGGAUCGCCCGGGUCGGGGGGUCCUGGCGGGGUGGGGGCGGGAAGCGGGGUACCAGGAACCGGACAUUGUGGCUCGGAGCUGGGGAUUGGCUCCUCCGCGACCGUUGCAGCGGCGGCGAACGUGAGCAGAUCCAACGGCCUGGGGGGACCCGGGGGUAUCGUUAGUGGCAGCGGUAGUAGUGGUGGUAGCAGCGGCACGAACGCUCUGUCCCCAGCCCCGGCCGGUUACUCUUCAUCCGGCCUCUCCCCGAAUCUCAGCCCGGGACCCGGCUCGGGAAGUGGAGGCAGAAAGAUGGUGGUCUCGGCGGAGAUGUGCUGCUUCUGUUUUGACGUGCUUUAUUGCCAUCUGUACGGAUACCAACCUCCGAGAACACCCAGGUUUACAAAUGAUCCCUACCCGCUGUUUGUCACAUGGAAAAUAGGCAGAGACAAGCGGUUGCGGGGUUGUAUAGGUACUUUUUCUGCCAUGAAUCUGCACUCAGGACUCAGGGAGUACACCCUUACCAGUGCCCUUAAAGACAGCCGCUUCCCCCCUAUGACAAGGGAUGAGCUGCCUCGCCUCUUCUGCUCAGUGUCUCUUCUCACCAACUUUGAAGACGUCGGUGAUUACCUUGACUGGGAGGUGGGCGUUCAUGGUAUUAGGAUAGAAUUUUUCAAUGAAAAAGGAUCAAAGCGCACCGCCACUUACCUACCAGAGGUUGCGAAGGAGCAAGGUUGGGACCACAUUCAAACCAUAGAUUCCUUACUACGAAAGGGAGGUUAUAAAGCUCCCAUCACAAAUGACUUCAGGAAGACCAUUAAGUUAACCAGGUACCGUAGCGAGAAGUUGACAAUGGGUUAUGCAGAGUACAUCGCCCACCGUCAGCACCAUCACUACCAGAAUGGCAUUGGGCACCCUCUACCACCGUACAACCAUUAUUCCUGACAGCGAGCCGCAUGACCAAUCAUUGGACCUCUCCGCGGACCUUUUCCCAGGAGAGCCCGCCCCCUCCUGGUCUAGCUAUUUCUACUACUGUACCAUUUUAUGAUGAUAGUUUCCGUUGCCAUGCUGGCCGUCUCCCAGACGUUGACAUGGCAACGGGUGGCAACGAAGCAUCAUUUGAUUCUGGCAAGAAAUUCACUUUCUCUCUUUCUUUGCCUGUGGUUAAGUUUUUGCAGCAUAUGUAUCCUUAUAACUAUAACCCCCUUUACUCAUACGUUUGAAAUCUAACAACUAAUAGAUUUUAUUAAUCUUUUCAGCAAACCUGAUCAGGUGUUUGAUUCUGUGGAUGGAAGGAAGUCUCUUAGUAGAUUAGUCGAACACUUAUAUUGUUUAGGCUUUGCUACAGUUCUACAUUAACAAAAAAAUCUUUAGUUCUCCCAUUUUCUUUCUUAAUAUCCCGACAUGUAUAACCAUGUAGCAAGGCAACUGCAGUUCUCAAAGGCUGUGUCAUCUCUGUCCUGAUUCCUCUCAAAAAAAAAAAGAUUGACUGCGGAGGUUAUUGGAGCCUUGUAAACUCUUAGUGUUGUAGUUGGGACUAUUUAUUGGGAACUGUGUACUCCAAAGUAUUAAUAGUAGGAUAGUAAUGCCCUUUGACUGGCCAUUGCUGGUUGUGUUUCUUGUGCGAGCUGUGUGUAUUCUCGGUGUGUGGAAAUGGACGUUGAUCUGCCACGAGAACGAACGAAAAUUCGAAAUUUGAUUUUUAAAAAACUCCCCGCCGUUUUUCUUUCAGAAACCUUUCCCCUUGAGUGUUUGUCGUGUUUUUUUGUGGUGGAACCUGUAAACUUGCGACGACGUUCCCUCUUUUUCAAAUUACAGUAAUCGCGGAGGAAGCCAUUUGUCUGAGGAUAAUCACGUCCUUGCUGGUGAUUUGUUAUGUUAAAAUGGGCUGCAAGUGGGGUCUGCUCUCCCGGCAGUGGAGAGGGGCGACCAGGUGUAAUUACAUGUCCCUUAAAGAAGAAGAAACAAAAUAAAAUGCAUGAACGAUGCUUCAGUUAAAAUUGACCGUCUGUUGGUGUCUGAGUUAACUGGCAGGGAGUCACUUUAACAGGGACAUGCUCUAUCUACUUAAAGCCAUAUUCUAUUUUUAUUCCACACUUUGUAAGAGUAGUCUGUUGUUUGGCUUGAUGCAUUUGCAUUCUGUGCCACUGAAACUGGUCACUGUUCCACCUCCGAAUGCAAACGUAUACCAACCAGCCUCAGGCAAGGCCGCAUCACGAAAAGACACAACGUCGACUCUGCGGUUUCAGUCAUUUGUCAGGUGUCGUGUGUAGUGCCCGUGUCGUCAUGGAAACACUGUCUUGUCUUUUCAGACUAUAGCUAACCAUUGUCACUCGUCCGUGAAGUACGCUGUAUUAAAAAUUGUCUUUUUUUUUUUUUUUUUUUUUCAAUGAAGACACUUGACGCACAAGAGGAAGUGAGCUAAUUAACAUGUGUGUGUCGUUUAGUAGUGCAUGUCUUUGUGGAGCUGCCACGACGCAGCCAGUUUUAGUUUGUUGAAACCGCACUACCACCUUUUCUCCGAUUAGUCCGCCGUUCAGCAGGGUCCCUCUGUCUGUGUGUCCACGGCACAGGACCUAUUUUGAUUUGUGGUGUGUGUAGUCAGCUGUUGGGCAGCCGAUCGGAGCAAACACGGCUGAAUUAGUCGGAAUUGAAUCUCUGCACGGGGCCUGGCGUCUUUACAGUUGAGGUCUACCAAUACAAAAACAAAAAACAGCCAGGGCUUUGUAUAAAGGACUUAAGAAGCCAUUUCCCACCCAAAUAUCACUCGUUGUGUGUCGGCAUCCACACACACACACACACACACACAUUUUGGCUAGUUUGGAUUUACUUUUAAAGAAUGUUACAGUUGAGGGCCAUCGCCUGAUCUGCUUGUUUUGGUUUUUAGUUUUGCGAACUGGAAUUUUUGAGAGGUUCUUGUCACUUGACCAACAUCUUUCUGCGUAACAGCCUUUACUAACUGACAGGUUCUUUUUCUUUUAUGCAAAAAUGUCAAGGGCUUUUGGCACUCCAUCCACAGUAACCCGAAAUGACCCAGUAUUGAGUUGUGUUGCCUUAAAUUAAUGAGAUAACAAGUGAUGGACCAGGAGAUGACUCUGACCUGUGGCUCUGUCCCAGCUCCAUCUUCACAUUGCAGGGAAGGAAAGAGAUAAUGUUAUUUGAAUGCUGUCAAUACUUCCUCAUACACACACAGGGGGGCUCGUGUACGCCUGCCCUGUUAGCUCACGUGUUAGCUAGCUACUGGUCCUCGAUUUCACUUAAAGCUCCACAGAGAAACACAUUCUCUCUCUGUCUGACAGCUUGGUGUUGUUACCCCUCAUCGUUUCACGCCUCCAGACAAAUGUAUGUUUAUUUUAAAUACACUACACACAGACAUUUCAGAGAAGAACAGUCAGGCAUUCAUCUCCUGGUCCAUCAAAUACAGCACAACUGGAAUUCUUCUGCUGCAAAACCAAAUUGACCAUGCUCUUUUACAUAUAUGUCUUUGUAUACACAUGCAAUGUGUUCAGUUGCAUGUAUGUCUGAGUAUGAGACCUAUGGUUUUAUCCAUGAUAUGCUUGAUCUAUGGCUUAGACACUCUUAUUAACCAUUAAGAGAUUUAAAAGACAAAUAUGGUGCUAUCGGACCUCAUAUUGGGGUGGUCACAGCUCGUGACUGGUCAUGCGGACUCAUUGAUCAUAUCAUACUUAAAAAGAUGCUUCAUGUUGGAUUUUCUCUUUGGCGCAUCGCUGGCAAUUGAGUCAUGACUGUCACCGUUAAGAAAAGGCCCAGAGAAUCUGCUUUUUUUUAACUGCAGUGUGGGAUCAACUUCCUGUGAGGGGAAUAAACGGAUUCUCUUAAACAAAGAGCAAAGAGGGAAAAGUCCGAGCAGCAAUGUGUCAUAGGGGCUCUUGAAUGUACUGUUAAUGGUCGUCAUGACGAUUGUUACAGUGGUAUAUUAAGAGAAAAUCCUCCAUGUGUUACCUUUACUAUCCUUGAUAUAUGCAGAUCUGUUCAACAGGUGUUUUUUUUCAUUAUUUUUUUUAUUUUUUUCAACCAGUGCAAGUCAACACCCUGCAGGUUUGAAAGGACAAGAAGUCAACACGUUAACCCCCCCACCCCCCCGUUUACUCCCUACACUGUGGCCCAACCUCACGGCCUAGUUUGUCGAAGUGCGAUGUGUGUGUCGUUCAGUAGACAGUGGCGGUAAUAGAUUGUGUGCGUUGCCUCUUCUGGACGAUCGGGUGCUGCUUUUUAACGGGCACAUCCUUUCGUUUUCCUUCUAGCUGCUGAAAGGGCGAGGUUGGCCGAGAACCUUGUUGGACGGCGAGCAUCUCACUCGAUGCGACGCUGAGUAAAUGUUUUACGUAGAACACGCAGAACAUAGUCCUGGUUCUGUACUGAUUUAACUGUUUUAAAAAGCAUCGAUACCUCAUGAGACAUUAUGGAACGACGUUUCGUAGUUUGUUGUAGCAGAUCGUGUUUUGGUUCCAUACCGGGGUCAGAGUUCAGCCUCAGCAUUCCCUGUGUGGUCAUUCUCAUGUGUCGUGGAAUGCUCAAGCUCGUGUUACCUUCGUAUGUUUGACUGAACCAAAGACGCCAGCGGCCAUGCCCAAAUGCUGCUCUUCAGGCCUGGCUUCCUGUCCUUCCAAAAAACACCCCUGCAUUUGACAAAAGGUUUUAUUUCUUUUUAUUCUUUUUUUUUUGUUGUGAUUUCUCAACUGUCUUGACUUAUGAAGCAACCUAAUUUUUCAAUGAAUUUACAUCUCUGAAACCGUACACGGCACGGCCAUCAAAGAUGGUUAAAAUUGGUUGCCAAUAGUUAUUACUUAUUUUGUUUAUUAUUAUUGUUAUCAUUAUUAUUAUUGCUCUAAUUUACAAAAAUGAAAAUCCCAUGGUGUGCCUCCUAGCUUUAUGGGUUUAUAAGUGUUUAUUUUUUUCCCUAAAGACCAGCAGUUAUACUUUGUAUAAAAGAUGGAUUUUUCCUUAUUUUUUAUGCCAUUAAAGAUGAAAUAGCCUGUUUUCUUUACUCUGGACCCAGUAGCUGCACUGGUAUAAAAUCGCACUGAUAGAAGAAUUAAAAAAGUAAAUAAGAAAAAAGUCUAAAUGAAUCAAUAAUAAUAAUGAUAAUGACAAAUGAAAUAAGAUCUACAAUAAACCUGUGUUUGAGACUUUUAUUAAAAAAACAUUUUAAAAAACGCACAUAAAAAACGAAAAUGACUGUUUUUGUACAUCGAAUUACUUCUUUUCAAAAGACUAUUUUGGAUCUAGUUUCAAAAUGAUUUGAGUGGUUUUCUAUGUUCUGAAUUUUAGAGACACUGACUUCGAUGACGUGUCACUGUACAAAAUGAUUUUCUUCAGUUGCAGUGGCCUGAUGGGCUGGGAGGGUUGCCUGGUGUAACUCCUCAUACCAACUUUUUAUUUCUUUUUCGAUUUUGGGAACUUUUUUUCUCCUCUGCUUUAGUAACUUGAAAAAUGUUGAUGGAAAACUAUGAACUGGGAACUUCAAAUCCAUCCCCCCUGUAGAGCUAGACCCUUCCUUUCUUCCUCUUGAAUUUGCUGUUAGUGUGACGAGACUUGAAACGGGCAUUUAUUAAAGAUAGUUUGACUCCAAAUGGAAAAAAAAAGAUAAAAAUAAACAAACGCACACAAAAAAAACAAAAGCAAAAAAAUAAAGCAAAAAAAAUUGCAAAAGAAAAGUGGGGAGGGUUGAAAGAAUAUAUAUAGAUGGGUUAUCUGAGUAUGUAAGCAAUGGAUGUGAAGGUAGUAGUUUUAAACAUUGUUAUUACCUUUUAAAUCAUUUAUUCAAUAAAAGAAAAAAAAUCUACUGAAAAGAGAA